CGGGCAUACCGUCACUAGUACCAAUAUACGCAGUAUGGUGACAGCAAACGCAGUCCUCUUUUUUCAUCUCUCCCCAUAACUCCAUUCUUAUCGAGACAGGAAAAACCAACAAACUAUUUCUGUAUCUCUUAUACCUAUCCUCUACAGACCGCUGCAUCUAUCUCUUCAGAUAAAUUAAAUGGGGACUGGUUCAUCCAAGAACCCGGAUACCAGCUCCCAUGGCAGCAAGGAUGACCUAGGCGGAGGACAACUCUACGUCUCUCUCAAAAUGGAAAAUUUCAAGCUCAAAGGCGAACUCGUCCCUCACAUCUACGGCUCUGUCCCUCUCAUCGGCUCUUGGGAUUCUUCCAAAGCUCUUCCUAUGGAACGGGAAUCAACUUCUAUGUGGGAAUUGAGUUUCGUGGUUCCUCCUAAUCACGAGACAUUAGACUUCAAUUUCCUCUUGAAGCCAAAAUACAAUAACGCCCCCUGUACAGUGGAGGAAGGUCCCACUCGUCAUCUAACUGGUGGAACAUUGCGAGGAGAUGUGCGUUCAGCAAUUUUUAGGUUGGAUGACGAGGAGGUUAUUGAAUAUAGAGUGUUCAUUAAAGCAGAUAGAGUUUCACCAUUUGAUCUUGCAGCAAGCUGGAGAGCCUUUCAGGAAUACCGUAAGCCUUCAACUGUUCGAGGUAUACCAGAUGUUAGUAUGAACUCUACAGCCGAUACGGGUCCCGAGAAUGGCUCAUCUGCGAGUCUAGAGCUCGAUCUAGAACACUAUGUUGUCCCUGCUCCAGCAACCUCUGCUUUGGUUUAUGCGGCUAACUUGACAGCAACUCCUAGGUCGCUAAAUCGCACCAAGGUAUUUUCAGGGACUGAUGGAUCUACCAGCAUGUCCGGUUCCUCAAAAGAUGGUCAUGCUCCAAAUGAUCGACCUGUUGCAGUAAAGGAGAUGGAAGUAAUAAUCCCAGAUCCAACUAGAGUUCCUUCAAGUUCUGGCAUGGUUGAAUCCAAGUCUAUGGGAAAUUCUUCAUCUUUGCAAAAGCAAGAUAGCCACAGGGGACUCCUUGUAGAUAGGGGUGUGGGGUCUCCUAGACCAGUUAAAUCACCCAGUACAAGCACCUUCACUCUUGAUAUGAAGCCUGACUCAGAUACCAAGAAUAUGAUGCCGGCAGCUGCAGGAGCUGUUGCAGCUGCAGCUAUAGCCGAUCAAAUGCUUGGACCAAAGGAAGACAGACAUCUUGCAAUCGUCCUGGUAGGCUUGCCGGCUCGUGGAAAAACUUUUACUGCUGCUAAACUUACUAGGUAUCUUCGAUGGUUAGGUCAUGACACCAAGCACUUCAAUGUUGGGAAGUAUCGGAGACUGAAGCACGGAACUAAUCAGGUUUUGCACCUCUCAAGGACUAGGGCUGUUCAAAUCCGAACCAUAACCGUUAACCGAACCGCAAAAACGGCUUAUUGGCUUAUUGGUAUGGGGUUAUCGGGGUAA